AUGUUUCGUGUUGUAAACUGCAGCUUUAGUCACAACCUGCCCCCAUCCCCCUGCGACACAACCUGCCUCCAUUCCCCUGCAUCACAACCUGCCCCCAUCUCCCUGCGACACAACCUGCCCCCAUCCCCUGCAUCACAACCUGCCCCCAUCCCCCUGCGACACAACCUGCCUCCAUUCCCCUGUGUCACAACCUGCUCCCCCUCAGUGCCCCAUCCCCUGCGACACACCAACCGCAUCCCCUGCGCCACAACCUUCCCCAUCCCCCUGGGUCACAACAUGCCCCCAUUCCCUGCGUCACAACCUGCCCCAUCCUCCUGCGUCACAACCUGCCUCUUCUCCUGUGUCACAACCUGCGCCUAUCCAUUUACGUCACAACCUACCUCCAUCCCCUGCGUCACAACCUGCACCCAUCCCCUGCGUCACAGCUGCCAUCUUAUCCCUACAUCACAACCUGCCUUCAUCCCCUUACGUCACAACCUGCCCCAUAUCCCUGCGUCACAACCUGCCCCCAUCACCUUUACGUCACAACCUGCCUCCACCCCCCUGCAUCACAACCUGCCCCCAUCCCCUGCUUCACAGCUUGCCAUCUUAUCCCUACGUCACAACCUGCCUUCAUCCCCUUACGUCACAACCUGCCCCAUAUCCCUGCGUCACAACCUGCCCCCAUCACCUUUACGUUAUAACCUGCCCUCGUCGUCCUGCGUCAUAACCUGCCCUCGUCGUCCUGCGUCAUAA